UAACAUUAGAGCUUAUCAGUUUAUUUACUGUGGACUGCGGUCAUCAUUAGUCUGUACUAGAUAUAUUAUUAUUUUACAUUCAUUUUGAAACAAACUUUUUAUUUUAUUCAUCAAGUGUAAUUUCAUAUUUUAUUGUAAUAUUGUAUUUAAGUUAAUUUUAACUGUAUUCUGUACUUGUUGUGCUUUAAAUUAGUGCGAGCUUGUACUAAUGCAAAACGAUUUGGACGAUCGAGGGACACGUGCACAGUUGUAUUGGCGAAGGGCAGAAAACAGAGAAUACACGAACACAACAUACGAUCUACCUACACUAUAAGAAUAUACGACUUAUUAUCCUUAUAUUCGUCCUUUAAACUGCAGACCGACCUGCCUGCACCGUAUCGAUCGAGAGUCGAGACCAGUGAUCGUUGAACUAUUACGUGCGUUGGUGAAUAAAAGCAAAAGAAGUGCCUACUAUACCUACUAAAACGGUAAAAAAAAAAAUAUGGCAUCUUCGUCAUCGUCGCGGCUGAUAGCACAAACGUCAGAGGAAAAAGUGGCCAAAUUCGAGAGGUUCAUCAACGACGUGCUCAAGGAGAGCCUAAGGCAGAUCUCGGCGGAACUGGAUAGGGUCAAUGAGCAGAUUUCGGAACUGGAAGACGUGCGGAACACCGUGGAGACGAUGACCAUGCUGGCCAGUGAACUUCCAGCCGGCAAGCAAUUGAAGACCCGUGUCAAGGUGGGAUGCGACUUCUUCAUGCAGGCCAAACCGGAUCUCCGGACGUUCUUGGUAUGCGUGGGGCUGGACUAUUAUGUUGAGUACACCAAGGACGAGACACUGGCUCAUGUCCAGUUCCGGUCCAAAUUGCUCAGGCAGCGGGCGGACGAGCUUCGUGACCAGGGGGCCCAGGUCAGGGCUCAAAUCACCCUGGCCCUGCACUGCAUACAGGCGGAAUUGCAGGGCUUAUAGUGACGAUCGGGCUACUAUCGUUAAAGACUGCACUUGCAUUGCACAUGCACAUGCAUCCUCGGCGAAUCCACAAACAAACGACCGCGGCAGGUUGAGCAUGCAUAUACGUUAAAGAAGCCAUACUAUAAUUGUCGCUUCGCUAUAUUUUUCAACUAUCAUUCUAAUAAAAUAUUUUACACAAAUA